CACCGUCCAAUUAUCUAUAUUCCUUCUGCUGGGUUCUUUUUUCUCCGUGGCACUUCACCCCCAAUUAUCAACGAUGUAUGAAUCAUACCGCCCGCAUCCGCUCCUAGCCCAAGUCCCAUUGACCGUCUCUCCAUUUAUCAAUCUCCCUUCCUCAGUCACCCUUCCUUACACCUACAAAUCGCUUCCAUCUACGCUCCCAGCAUCUGUAACUGUCAACCCCAGCGAUCCCGACGCUAAAACCCGCUAUGUCCUCUCCCCCAGCGGUGAGCACGCCGCAUCCCCGGAGGAGAUCCUAGCUUCGUGCAACUCCCUUGAAGAACUACUCAAUAAAAGCCGCACUGAUGCGGAGAAGGCAAUUAAAGACUGGGAAGAUUCCAUUGUGCAACGGGAUCUCGCAGAGAAGAGACGAGUUGCGCCUGGAUGGUUGGAUCGAGACGAGAAGCUACUGCAACCAAGUCGAUCAAUGUUGGAUCCUAGGUCCUCAGGUCAACCAGAAAAAAGCUUGCUGGAUAGCUCAUCAUCUACAGACCCUGAUGCAUCCAAAUUGCCGUCAAUGAAGCCGCGUGACGAAGGCGAGGAGCUAGACAGAGCGUUCGGUGGGCUAGACGUAAAAUGAGCAAGCUUGAUCAAUCGGGUGUCAGGUACGAUCUUCUCGCUUGACGUGGCAGCGACAUUUAGGUUUCUCUGUCAUAGUCAACGGUCACAUAAUGCAAGAUAUUAGCCAAAGUCGCCGAUUAGGCCAUUCCGAUCUAGCUUACGGCUGACUCUGAAUUUAGCUGCACCUCGUAUGCAGACUGCAGGCGCUUUGUCGUAUCAGACAUACUGCGGCCCCAGCACAAGCGACACAGGCCACACCGCAUUGUUGAGCAGUCGGCUCACAGUCAUAAAUGAUAUGGUGGGUUGAGAGAAGAAAUAUGUGUUGGGUGUCUAUUUUGAGCGGACUCCUUUGUUCCUACAGUUUUCUAAUGAUACCCUCAUCAUAGCGUAAACGUGGUUCUAUCUAUGUUUUCACGGCGGAGUAGAUGAACCAAACAAAAUCAAAAACUUC